ACAGUCAAGUUUACAACACUUUUUACUUGUAAUAAAUAAUUAUAUAUUAAAUUUUGUUGUAAAAUAUUUGAAUAACUAAACAAGUUAAUCUUAAAUAUUGUCAAAAAUGGACAAACAUAAUAGUUCCGAGCUACUAAAUUCGGACUUUUCGCUGUCGAAAAAUGCAAGUUCUGACUCACUGGAUUCGGACUCCAAAUCGAGUUCAUUGAAUUCUAAACACGGCCAGGAUUCCCCUCAUGUAUUGGGAGACAUACAAUUGCUUGAUGGCGAGAAGGUCAUGGGAGUGGCUCGGGACGUGACGUAUCUUUGUCCGUAUAGUGGCCCAUCUCGUGGAGUACUCAAAGUGACAAACUACCAGCUACACUUCAGACCAACUGAAGCUACUACUCAACAAGGCACAUUGAGUGUACCUCUUGGUGUUGUGUCUAGAAUUGAAAAAGUUGGUGGUGCAUCGUCUAAAGGAGAAAAUUCUUAUGGCAUAGAAGUAUUUUGUAAGGACAUGCGUAACUUACGUUUUGCUCACAAACAAGAGAACCACUCGCGACGCGGAAUAUUCGAGAAACUACAACAGUUGGCGUUCCCUCUGUCUCACCGACAGCCUCUGUUCGCCUUCAGCUACUCCGAGAGUUUCCCGGAAGAUGGCUGGCAUGUUUAUGAACCUAUUGCCGAAUUGAAGAGAAUGGGUGUAAACAAUGACAUGUGGCGUAUAACGCGUAUAAACGACAAGUAUGAAGUGUGCGACAGCUACCCAGCAGUGUGGGCAGUGCCAGCGGCGGCCAAUGAUGAGCUGCUGAGGUCGGUGGCUGCGUUCAGGUCCAGAGGCCGAGUGCCGGUGCUGGCUUGGAUACACCCUACUUCACAAGCUACUAUAACACGCUGCAGCCAACCGCUUGUUGGGGUGAGCAGCAAGCGAAGUCGGCAAGAUGAGCGUUACAUUCAGCUGAUAAUGGACGCUAACGCGCAGGCGCACAAACUAUUCAUCAUGGACGCAAGACCGAGCGCUAACGCUAUCGCCAAUAUGGCGAAAGGUGGCGGCUACGAGUCAGAGGACGCGUAUCAAAAUGCGGAGCUGGUGUUCUUGGACAUCCACAAUAUCCACGUGAUGAGAGAGAGCCUGCGGAAGCUGAAGGAACUCUGCUUCCCGCAGAUUGACCAAACCAGGUGGUUCAGUGGAAUUGAAGCAAGUUGUUGGCUGAAACACAUAAAAUGUAUACUAGCGGGAGCAGUCCGUAUUGUUGAUAAGGUGGAGAACCACAAGACAUCAGUCCUGGUGCACUGUUCAGACGGAUGGGACCGCACGGCGCAACUUACAGCGCUAAGCAUGUUGAUGUUAGACCCGCAUUACCGCACUCUACGAGGGUUCGAAGUACUCAUCGAGAAGGAAUGGCUGUCUUUCGGACAUAAGUUCCAGUUGCGUAUAGGCCAUGGCGACGAGCGUCAUUCGGACGCGGACCGUUCCCCCGUCUUCGUCCAGUGGGUGGACUGCGUGUGGCAGCUGCAACAGCAGUUCCCGACCGCGUUCGAAUUCAACGAGCGACUGCUCAUCAUCAUCGUCGACCACCUCUACUCCUGCCGCUUCGGGACCUUCCUGUUCAAUACUGAGCGCGAGAGGGUUAAGGAGGAAGUAAAAUCGAAGACCGUCUCCCUGUGGUCGUACAUCAACAGUCGGCAAGAUUUAUACCUGAACCCACUGUACUGGGGCGCGUCGUCGGCGACGCUGGCGUCUGCGUAUGCGCGGCCGCAGCACGUGCUGGUGCCUGUGGCCUCGCUGAGGGUCAUCAAGCUGUGGAAGGCGCUCUACUGUCGCUGGAACCCCACCAUGCGCCCCCAGGACCCAAUCUUCCAGCGCACUCGCGAGCUGGUGGCGCUGCGAGCGCAGCUGGAGGCGGCAGCGGCGGCGGCGGCCGGCGACCACGCGGCGCGGCAGCACCGCCUCGGACUCACACCGCCGCGAGUCGCCAGCCCGCACCACGUUUGAAUUUAUAUCUCAUUAUACCUAUACAAGGUAGAAUUUGUGCAACUCAGCCAUCGACUGUAUUACCGGAUCCAUAGGAUGACUACGACGAGAACUACCAAUUUUCCAGAGAAAACAGCGCGCAGCUGAAGGCAUUACCGGCGUCGCCCACAACAUAUCUGUACCUACCAUAGGUAUAUCUUAUAGUCAUUGACCUCUUAUAUACACAAAUAGACUACCAAUCUCUGUAAAAAGCGUCCGCGGCGCAUCUGGUCACUAAGCAACGGCGUGUCAAGAUCGAAUUUAGUCGCAAUAGGCGUAAUGACGACACUGUACAACCGAUAUUGCUCUUUAUUUUAACAGCCAUAACAUCUUAAUUUGAGGGAACGAAUUUAUACUAUCCAUAUGUGUAUUUAAAACACGGUUCGGACGUUGUUUUAGAAAUAAAUCCUUAGCGACUGUGAGUCUUUUUGUUUAAAUAGUAUGUCAGUGUAUCUAGUAGAUAAACCCUGUGGAAUCGGCAGGUUUCUCUUCUAUAAGGAAACAAGUCUAUAGGUACGUUAUAUCCAUAGGUAGUUGAGUAUCACAUUCCCGCCGUAGAACCCUAUCGUAUCAACAUAUUUGACAUUUAGUGGGAUUUACAGUUCAAUUUGUCAAAGACAUUAAUUUGACAUGGUACUGUAUUUGUAUGAAUGGUCGUGACCGUAUAACCCGCGUGAAUCAACUAGAUAAUAAUAUAUAGACUACAACUCAUUUCUUGCCGCAUAUAUCUUAUAACGUCCUAUCUAACAUGAAGGUGUCCUGUCAUGGCACACAGCUUAGCACAACGACAUUAGGACAACAAUGCGAAGAAUUAUAUCGAAUGGUUCAUGAUUCCCUAUGCGCCGUAAAUUCCUUUAGAGAAAUCUUGAACUUUCCGCACACAACAUUCCUAGGACAGAACAGAUAAAACCUAUAGUAACAUAUUUAUUAUACAUCAAUUGAUAAUAAAUAUGCGGCAGCGACUUGGUUGGGGAUAUCUGAUCCACCCAGGACAUUUUAUUUCUGUCUGCCAUACGCAAUAAUAAUAAUAACGAAUAAAACAUAAUCCCUGCAGGCGCGAAUUGGGUAGUUUCCUAGGUCAAAGAUAAAUUAUGAAUAUUUCUGAUUACUAAAUAAAGACGGAACUUACGGUGACAAGAAACAGUUUAUUUUUUCUGUUUAACUUAUUUAUGAUUUAAAUAAAGAAAAAUGGAAUGAUGCGAACAUGAAUGCGACAUUUUCUCACGUUUUCUAUGACGUCACAAGUUGCUUUUUCAUACAAAUUCCAUAAUAAUUUCCUGUUUUGACGUUUAGUAAAAUGUAACUGAUUUCACUAGUUGGAAACUACCCUGUUAGGUAUGUCUAGGGCUUCGACUAAUAGCCGUACGAGCGGCGCGAAUUAUAUCGAGGGCUUCCAUGAAUAGACGCAGCGAUUACUUAUCUACGUAGAUAGACAUCGUACGGCUAUUGCUGUGUUACUAUUUGCCGUGCAGACCCUCAUUUAGUAGCAUAAACCAACGCUAUUCGAAUUUUAAACAAGUUAUAUUAUUUCCAUAAUAAUACACACUUAAUAUCGUUCACUAUUCUGUAAAUGUAAAGCUAAAUAAAUGAUGUCACUUCGAGUUUAUGAUAAAAAAAAUUCAAUGCAGACUGUACUUGCAUUUGGACUAUUAUAAGUAAAAAUAAAUUAUAAACGUUACAUAACUUUAAGUUAAAUAUUGCGUGUAAAGAAAAGACCAAGUGUUUGAUAUCAAGCUGCCACGUACAUUCUAGAUAGGAUAUCAGAUACUUGUCAGCGGGUGGUGAAACAGACUCUUAGAUUAAUACUUCGAAAGUGUAAGUUGUCUUUAGAAAAAAUAUUGUAACAAUGUUAUAGCCGCCCAUUAAACUUCGCGCGGGUCCGACACGGGACGGGCCAGCUUAUGCUGGAUAGUUCUACAAAAUUUGUUCAUCGCCCAGUGUAAGUUGGAAUGAAUCAACAUAAGCUACUAACCUAUAGUUUGACCCACGCCGAACCUACCUGAGUUUAGCGUACGACCUAAGAGAUACGACAACAGCGACAAAAAUCAUUAUAAUAUCAUGUAAAAGUAGUUAUUUGUAGCAAGUACACAAGACCGUUUCCUUUUUUGCUUACUUUUUUUUAUUAAGUAUGGUUACUUCCAAUGAAACUGGUAGCGGAUCAAGGGGGUUUCUAACCUGGAGACACACCUGAUAAACCUCAAAUUAAGCUUGAUAUUGGUGUUGAUUCUGGCAGACACAAACUUGAUUAAAAUGAUUCUGAUGAUCUUUUGUUUCUUUCGCAUUAUGCUGUAUACCUUUAGUGCGAAAGAGACGGGAGAUAUAUUAUGUGUCUUAUGUGUUACCGCCUAUUUUACUCUUACUAUUUCUCUUUUGUUUUCUAUUUCCUGUGUGGGCAAUAAAGUAUUUUUGUUCUCUUUCGCACUAAGCGAUGUACUGUAAUUCUGUCCUGCUCUGAUUCUAAUCAUGUUAAGUUUGUUGGACCAUAAUUUUAAUUAAAUUCUUUAGUUCUAAAACUAGCUCUAUCACUGUUUUGCACUUGUCGGAAGUGAAGGACGGCACUAUUUUUAUUGAUGUCAAGCGAAAUUAAAGUUUGUAUCUGCCAGAAUAGAAAGCAUUAUCCUAUUUACUCCCCAGGAACUAAAUUGCUGGAUCCGAAGCUAGAUGAAGCAAUCCAAAGAAAGAAUGCCCCUUGUAAGCGUUCUAUGAAAUUAUGUUCGUAUAGAAAUGAGUAUUUGAUUGAGGUAUUAGAAAUAAUCGGCAUAGUUACGUUUUUUUCUUUAUAUUAUAUUUUUUGACAUUAUCUUUGUAUAUUCAGAUUAAAAGAAAAAUAUGGAUAGAAAGUCACCCUUUUCCACUAUAACUUGGGUCACAAUACCUAUAUGUUGUUCCACGCAAAUGUGAAAAGUAGCUUCAAGACUGAAUUGAGAGUAGACUAUGAUCUACCAAAGAAGGGACCAGAUGGUGAGAUGGAUGGUCUUAAGUGUUUAUAGUAAAUAAAAUUGCAAUACUCUCAGGUGGUCACUCGUAUGUUUUGGCUAUCGGGUCGAUACGUGAUUGGUUAUCGGUCUUUUUACCGACUUCCAAAAAGGAGGGGGUUCUGUUAACUUAUUGUUCAUAUUUUGAUAAGUUCAUGUUUUCUUUUAAUCUGAGUUUGUAUAUUUAUUAUAAUAUGCAUUUCAAUAAGGCGAAAGAUGUCGGGAGUUCGCUCGAACUGUACUUUAAUGUUACUAAUUAGUCCAGUCAAUGAGCGGGUUGUAAAGUUCGUGAGAGAGGGGGAUCUAAGCGAUUUGUUCAGAAAGUUGUUUACGGUGCUUAGGGAGUUAAAACGGGUUGUCAUUUUUUACCUUUCGCACUAUCCUUCAUAUCUGCUAAAUCUAGCAACUAUAUCAAGUUUGGUAUUGUCCUCGUUAACAAAUUAGGCCCUUUUUUUCCUAGGUACAGUCGGGUAGUACAGUUGACCGGACCACGGUUAAUCAAAAUUAACAGUCGUACAGUUGACCGGACCACGGUUAAUCAAAAUUAACAGUCGUACAGUUGGCCGGACUAGGCUUUGUUUUCUAUUAACCGUGGUACAGUUAACUGGACCACGGAAAACAUUGCAAAAUGAGGGUGGAGAGGCGAAUUAUUUCCUUGUGUGCUGCCCGUGAUUUUUUCUCGAGCCUCGCAUGAUUAAUGGACGGCCCCUAAAGAUCCUGAACCGCUUUCUGAUGAAAUCUCUUAAGUCCCCCCCUCUCACGCACUCUACAACCCUUUUUGAUGUAUUCGUUGACGGAACUAAGUUAUUAGUUAUGUAAUAAAUGUAUUUAAGAAACUAUUUUUUUGUGAAAUGUUUAUCCAGUUUUAAUGUAAGAGGAUAGUUUAAUUCAAUUCGCAAAUAAAUGUGAGUUUACAUAAA